AUGAUCUUGAGCAUUUACGCUAUUGAUUUUUGGAAUAAAGAUUUAAAUCUUGAAACAGUUAAUAAUAAUAAAGAUAAUAUGAAUAGUGGUUUAUCUGUUUCUAAUUGUAUAAGUGAUGCAAUAUUUGAAAUAAAUAGAAACCAAGAAGUUAAUUUAGAUCCAGAGCCUGAACUUUCAUUAGAAAAACUUUAUGGGCUUGUAAA